GAAACCAAGGAUCUGCCUUUAUGUCACCUUCUGGUCCAUCCUCCAGAGAACAUCAAGCCCUUGAUAAGAGAUGAUCUGUCAUGUCUAAAAGAUCACAUUGUUGUUUGCACAGAUGUCGGAGAAAACCUUUAUCGCUUCCUGGCGACCCUGAGGAGAGAUGAACGAACAUAACAGCGAUGAUGGCGGUAUUGGCACUGAGGAGUGGUGUGGAGGAGGAGCAUGGGAUGCCAUCCUGUCCUUUCCGAGCGUAUUUUGGGUAGCGGGCAACUGUCGCCACCAACGCGAUCUCGUACGGGCUGGUAUUUUGGGAGCAUCAAGCAUUGUAGUUAUGUCGCACAGCACUAAGGAACUGGAUCGAGAUGAGUUUGCAGACAGUACGGCGAUUAUGACCCAUCACAUCAUUUACCAGACCCUACAGCAGCGUGGUCUCCUGGGUCGACAGCAUAUCACUGUCGAGAUCUUGGAGAGAAGCAACAUCCGUUUCCUGAAUAUGCGGGACCUAUCCAUGGUAAGGUCGUAUCACGGCGCGCGUCGUCGUGGCGGAGGCAUUGGAUCGGGAGGCUAUUGGAUGGCACCGAUUUUCGCAAGUGGACAGGUCCUAGUUAGCAGUCUGGUCGACAAUGUUCUCUUCCAGGCGUAUUCCAAAACCCACAUCCUGGAUCUCGUGAAGUUGUGCUGCGGGGUCCGGUUCAAGCAGGCUAUCGAGCUGGACCAAAUUCUUGGAAUCGAUUCCUCGAACGUGUGUCUAAUGAAGGUGCCGCCUAGGUUUGUUGGUAAAUCGUUCCUUAGCCUGUUCCAGGCGCUGGCGCUUUUGAAUGGGAUCAUACCACUGGGAUUGUAUCGAGCUCCUGAUCGUGAACUGAACAACGCGCUGCCCUUCGUUUUCACUAAUCCAUUGCCAGGAAUAUUGCUGAAGCAGACGGAUAUGGUUUAUGUGCUCAAGUCAUAAAAUAUGGACAUAAUAUUUAUUGAGGGCAGAGACUAGGGUGAUAUUGUUUAAGUUCCAUUUGCUUCCUAAUAAUGUUUCCGAAAAUAUUCCCGCUCCACUCCAUUAAAGUUGCCGGUACUUCUACCUCCUCUGUCGUUGCUGCCGUUGUUGCUCGUGCGUGGCCCUCUGUUUCUUCCUAUCUCGUCUCUCAGCAGCGAUCCGGUCCCACUCUUCUC